CCCUAAACGAGUUAGUGAACCAGUCCAUUUCAUUUUCAGGUUGGUGUCAGGUACCAGCUCGUGCAUACAUAUAUUGUUCCAUUUCUCACCUUUCCAAUUUAGAAAAUGUUAAAAUUAUUAUUUACCUCCAUAACCUUAAAAUUAAGCUUGUUAAUAUUGCACUUGGAUAUUGCAAGUAGUAAAGGAAUGGAGAUUGGCAGAAUGCAUUCUUUUAUGCACGGCGUCAAAGGCUAUGUCUCAGUAAUGGACGAGACCACGAUCCAGAUCAACGGAUUGACCUAUGAUGGUGAAGGGCCCGGAAGUUGGUUCGUUGCUGGAAAGGGGGACGAUUACAUUAAGGAAUUUGUAGAUCUGGAUGGAAUUGUCGUGCCAGAUGAGAAAAACAGGUGUACCCAAUUACGACGAUAUUCCGGAGAAACUAUCACCUUAACACUUCCCGGUAAAGUGACUGACUAUGACUAUUUGUCAAUCUACUGUCUCAAAUUCAACCACAACUUUGGCUAUAUUGGGUUUCCGGAUGACAUGAAGAUUCCUGCAACGGAAAACAGUCAGUGGCGAACUCAAAAGAACGUGCAAGCAUGUGAGGGUGUGGACACGGACGCCGCGGAAAAUAGGGAACCUACAUGCGUUCCUUGGCCAGCUUGUUGGGACAAACCUGAUGGUGAUGAGGAAGACGAUAUUGAUGGAGAAGAUGAUGAAGAAUAAAUUUAAGCUUUGUAUUGGGUUUUGACGAAUUAAAAUCAAUGUGUUAAGAGACUACUACUGGAA